GCUAUAGAGACAUAACUAGCAUCUCAUCCAUCUCUAGCAAAAUAAAGCAUCAAUUAGACAUGGAUAGAGUUCUGUGCAUGGUUGUUACUGGUGCACUAACCAUAGCAUCUUUGAUACAAGUUACAACAGCCCAAAUGAUACACGUAGUUGGGGAUAACAUAGGAUGGUCCAUACCAAACAACGGCGCAACAGCUUACACAAACUGGGCUUCCCAAAAAACCUUCAGAGUUGGUGAUGUCUUAGUAUUCAAUUUUGCAACCAACCAACAUGACAUGAUGCAAGUACCAAAUGGCUCGUUCGAUGCAUGUGGUUCACAAAAUGCUAUAGGCGAUCCUAUUAUGACGGGACCAGCAAAUGUCACUCUUGACUCUCCUGGCGAUCAUUACUACAUUUGUACUUUUGGUAGGCACUGUCAAGCUGGACAGAAGUUGGCUAUUACAGUCUCCGGCACCAGCACACCAGCAGCUAAUCCCCAAAACCCGAGCUCUCCAAGUCCAGUCAGCACACCUGUCGUGCCUUCGCCAUCCUCUUCUAAUCAAACCAUCAGCUACCGGACCUUCGGGUUCUACAACUCCUGGGGGGAGCAAUCAUGGGCGAAGCCACACUUUGCUUAGGGUUGUAACGACCCGACCGGUCGUUUUGAGCUCUAGCGCGUCGUUCAGCGGUUUGA